UCUUUACCCUUUCCGCCUUUCGUAGUUAGUGAGCGCCUGAGCGAGCGUGAUGGAGAGGGGGGGAGAGAACGAGAGGGAGUACUAGCUGAGUAGUUGCUCCUCAGGUUUCUCCCUUCUCCUGCUCAUCCGUUUUCCUUCCCCUUGAUUAUUCAUUUGGAUUUGGUCGAUCUUUACAAGAAUUUCACCUUCCAAUUCACGAAUGAGCAUCGCCUUCCUUUGCUUGUGUCUCUCCCGAAUCCCUGCUGCAAAGAAUAAGAUUUAUCCAUGAACCACUUAGCUAUACUUAAUGAAGAAGUUAAACUACCUCUUUGAACCACUCCUGGACGUAGAGUCCUUAGCAUAAGAGAAAUCAACUGUCUUCGUUCCCUCACUCGUAUGGGGGGUGGGGGCUUCUUUAGACUCAAAUCAUCCAAGGAUGAGUUUUGGUUAACUUAUGUUUAGUAUUGAUUGCUUUAGCUAAAAAGGGAAAAUUCUUAAUUGUUUUACUUAACGACGGUCGUCAAAGGUAAUUGGAACUUUGCUAACUGAGUCUGCAUCAAUUCCCUUUAUUUUUUUCCUUGCACAUCAAAGUAGAUUCUUUUGAGUCCUUGAACACAUUACAAGUCAAACCUAAUUUACACCAAUGAUUAUAUUCAUUCAUUGGGUAAGAUUUUUUGCUUCAGCUUUCUAUACGCUCCUUACACGGUUUUAGGAGACAGUGACUUUGAUUUAGUACUCUUCUCCUUUUUUUGUCCUUGACCUUUCAUUUCACUUUAUUUACUUUUAUGUUCUUGACUCUUUCAUUUCUUAUAAACAUUCUGAGCAACUUUUGUGUUUAGGUUAGAAGAAAUGAAUCAGUUGCAAAAUGGGAGCGAGAAAACAAUGAUUCUUGACAACUGGAUCAAUUCACCAUCUAUCGAAGAAGGCAGCAGUCUGGGUUCACAAUGUGGUGGAAACCAGAUUCUGAAAAGGGGACCUUGGACUUCUGUAGAGGAUACAAUUUUGGUUGAUUAUGUUAAAAGACAUGGUGAAGGAAAUUGGAAUGCUGUUCAGAAGAACACAGGUCUUUUUCGAUGUGGCAAAAGCUGUCGUCUACGAUGGGCUAAUCAUCUCAGGCCAAAUCUAAAGAAAGGUGCUUUCACACCACAGGAAGAACAGUUGAUAAUUGAACUCCAUUAUAAGAUUGGAAACAGAUGGGCUCGUAUGGCUGCCCUUAUGCCUGGGCGAACGGAUAAUGAGAUAAAGAACUAUUGGAACACCAGAAUAAAAAGAUGCCAACGUGCUGGUUUGCCUCUGUAUCCUCCUAAUAUAUGCUGUCAAACCUCUGAGGAAAAUCAGCAAUACAAGAAUGUCAGUGAGUAUAAUAUGUUCAGUGAUAAACCUCCCAAUGAUGGCCUUCAAGGGAACAUUUUUGACAUUCCUGAUAUCGAUGAUUUUGUAAGUGACAAUUUCUUUGCCAAGCACGGGGCUUUAUAUAGCUCACUGUCCUACUCAGAUAUAGCAGUUAGUAGCAUGCUCCAUCACCGGUUUGGAUCCCGAAACAAUAUUUCACAAAGUCCAGGCGUGUGUUGCAUGAAGCAACUUAGAGACACUGAGAAGCAAUGUGCUGGCUUCUCUGGUAGCAUCUCCGAUGAAUAUUCUAAGUUUGAACAAAUUAUGGUCGAACCUUUUGCAAAAAAACAGAGGACUUUCAUGGUAGGUUAUCCCUGUGAUCCUGAUCUCAGGAACAAGGGCCUACAAACUUUUGAAGGUGCAGAUCCUGGUGGUCACGCCCUUCUAACUGGCACAUUGUCUGCUCCUAGUCCUAUCCUUGGGACUUUGGAGUCGGAGCUCCCUUCAUUCCAAUACACAGAAACUGAUGCUAGUUGCUGUCUUCCAUGUCCAUCGACUCUCAAAGCAAUUGAUGGAUAUGCUGUAUCUCCUCCAGCAGCAGUCUCAUUGCAAGCUGACUGUUUUUCCCUAAGGAAAAGUGGUCUACUGGAAGCAUUGGUACAUGAAGCACACACAAUUAGCAAUACAAAGAUAGAACCAUCUACCAUGAAGAUCAAUGCAGAUGUAGCGCAAAGAAGUGUCAGUGAAACAAACUUGGUAGAACUCAGUAAUCCACCUAUUUCUGUUUUGGGCCACACUGUUGUUUCUGUCUUAGAUGCAAGCACCCCUCUGAACAGUGGGGGCUCAUUAUGUGGGUUGGCACAUCUUAAUCUUCCUUCAGUUUCUGCAGGAUCAAAAAGCAUAGAGACUCAACUUUUUUCUCGUCCAAAUGUUAGAGAAAAUGGUCCUUCGGUUCCUAUAGAUUUCUCAAGACCUGAUGCUUUACUUGGAUCUAUUUGGACUGAACAUGGUUCGCACAGCGCCAAAGAGUAUUGUGUUCCGAAUGAUUCCUUAUCGACAUUCUUAGGAUCCAACAGUGACCAAUAUGUACCUGCUGUCACAUCAUCUGCCCUCAGGCAGGGAGAUCGACUGGACUCGUUCGUACCCAGGGACUUGUGUGCCUUUUGCAUGUCAAAUGCCUUGAUUUGAGCAAUGUCUUGGUUACGUUACUUCCCGAGAGACGAUACAUAUUUCUUUUCUGUUUUUAUCUUUACUAUUUGGGGUUAAUUUCACUAGUAGAGCUGUUGUUCUGAAUUAAAUGAUCUAUAGUUUGCCUAGACUAAAUGACUAUAAACCAUCAGUUAUGUAUAUAAUCUCGUUCCAGUUUAAAAAGAGAUCGAAAAUGGAG